AUGUUCACUGCACCUGCGGUGCCUCGUCCCAUUGCCAGAGGGGUGACAUCUCGACGUUCCAACGUCGAUACUAACGCGCAUACCUGCGGCUACGCUGGAUGUGGAAAAAUGUUCGCCCGCCCGGGUGACCUCGCUCGACAUAGCAAGCAGCAUGGCAUCCCUCAGCACCCCUGUGACAUUCCUGGGUGCAACCGUCAUGGGGCCAGGGCUUUUUAUCGCGCUGACAAGCUCCUUGACCACCAGCGCAAGAAACACGGGAGAGGCAAUUGA